ACCUGAAAUUGAUCAAUUUAAUGCUCAAGAACGUAAAAAUCAGUUUUUAUCUAUAUUAUAAACAAAUUAUCGUUAUCGCUGAUGAUUGACGUAAUUACAUUACCACCUGACGCUAAUAAAAUUAUCGUAUUUUUGUGUGUGGUUGGUGAAAAAAAAAGAAAUUAACCAAUAAUGGAGCAAACCAGGAAACAAAGAAAAUCAAACCUGUCCCUACCAGACACGACUAGAAACGUGGAACAACCCAAAAAGCAUACCCUGGAACGGCGAAACACUUUAUCCGAAGAAAAUGUAACUACUCGAACAAAGAAAAAGGUGAAGUCACCCAAGGCGCCCACCAUUCCUGAAGAUGAUACCACAGAGGAGAAACUGCCUGGGUUUAGCAUAGAGAGCGAGAGAAAAAAGCUUGACAGAAAGUCCUCAUCAGCAUCCAGAAUAAGCAUGACAAGUAAAACCACAAGGCUUUCAUACGAUAAUAAGGCAUAUGACGCUAAAAGUGAUGACGUGGCAAAGAGUUCCAGGGCACCCAGCGUUCAAAGCUUAGAGGUGUACCAGGAGCAGUACUGUUGCUGUUCUAGACGGACCAAAUGCGAAAGAAUUCUUCUAGUAAUGGUGUCAAUUUUAACAGUUAUCAUUAUAGUUCUGGUGAUAGUUAUCACUGUUUUGGCUAAAAAUAGUACCAUAAAAACAGUGCUAGGAAUAUCGUGAGAUUUUCUACAUUUUGAUGGUGGAGAAGUUCGAUUGACCUUAUUAAUUUAUUUUAAUUGCAAUGUAAAAGAUGUAUUUUGUGAUAGGAUUUAGGAUGUUUAAGAGAUUUUAUACUGAAUAUACGAGUAAAGUUAAAGAAA